UUCACCUUCCUCGCCUUGCUACCUCACCACGACUCUGAAUUCAGAUAUCUUUCAGGUUUUUCUUCAUCCGUAAGUCUCUCUCACCCACUUUUUUAUUCACCAAAUCGGAAAACUUAAAAAAUAAUAAUAAUAAGAAUAAUAAUUGAGUCUUGUCGACUAGAUUUCCAGUCAUAGUUGAAGGGUUCUUUGGCUUAGAUCGAUCGCGCCUGUUCUUUGACUUUUGAGCCAUUUGGAUUUGAAUCUUUGUUUGGUUUUUUUGUCAUCCAAGCUGGAGUCAUGAAGUGGACAGAUGAUUACAGUGUGCUGCAGAAAUUCAACGAUGAGUAGUUGAAGAACAUAAAUGGAUUUCUUAAAUAGUUAUUCACUGUGGAUCUGAAGAUUGUUUUUUGAAGCUCUUUUGUAAAAUUCGCUCAUGUUUUCGUCAGAUUAUUCAUAAUAUAUAGGAAUUGAGUGGACGGAAAUGGCGGAGUACGAGCAAGGGUCAGGUUCUCGCAACGUUCGUCAGCUUCUCAGCCCGGAGCUCCAUUUGAAGAGACCAUCCUCACUUGUCCAACACCAGACUAAUAAAGGGGCUGAGCCUUCUGAUUCCAAAAACUCGCCUGAAAAGGACCAAAAAACUGAUAGAGACACGGCUGCCACCACCAGUUCUGGUGGCACGCCCAACCCCGACCGCCGCCCUCGGGGCCGACCUGCUGGUUCCAAGAACAAGCCAAAGCCUCCAACAAUUGUCACUAGGGACGCCCCAAAUGCCCUUCGAGCUCAUAUUCUUGAAGUUUCAGCUGGUAGUGAUAUAGUGGAGAAUGUAUCUGUAUAUGCAAGGCGGAGGGGAAGAGGGGUUUGUGUUCUCAGUGGCAGCGGCACCGUUUCAAAUGUCACGCUGCGUCAGCCGGCGGCACCUACGGGGAAUGUGGUGACACUGCAUGGCCGAUUC